AUGUUUAUCCAGCGGUCCAGUUGGUUGGCUCUGGCCCUCCUCCUGUCCUCUUCCAACGCCCAAACCAUUGUCGUCGAUGGCAAGACUGUCGCCGCCGAUCAGUCCAAUGUCGCUCCAGCAGCUGAUGUUCCUGCGGGUGAUUCCCACACGGGCUUUGAAAGCAUCCAGUUGACUGAGGAUGUACUCGCCAAUCUCACGGACCUCAAGUUGAGCAAUGUCUCGCUGUUCUACUUUGACGACGACUCCACCUCAGAGAAGCGAGCCGUCGGUAGUUCUCAGAAGUGCAGGGCGUUGCCUGGCGAUGCCCUCUAUCCCAGCAGCAUCGUCUGGAAGGUCUUGGACAUUCUCAGCGGUGGCGCGUUGAUCAAGACGGUGCCCCUGGGUUCUGCCUGCUACGAUGGCGAGCAUUAUGACGAGACCAAGUGUCAAUUCCUCAUUGACAACUGGAACAAAUCCGACACACACGUCGUGGAUCCCUCCUCGGUCAUGUCCCCUCUCUUCGAGGGUGCCACAUGUGAACCCCAAGGCGCUGCUCUCGGCAAGAACUGCACGCUCGGAGGAUUUCCAUCGUACUCACUCAACAUCACCAACGUGGCCCAAAUUCAGUUGGCUAUUAACUUUGCUCGCAACGCAAACCUACGUCUCGUUGUCCGCAACACUGGUCAUGACUUUCUUGGCAAGAACACCGGAGAGGGCGCUUUGUCACUCUGGACGCAUCAUCUUAAUGACAUUGAAGUUAUUAAGAACUACAAGUCCGCUGGAGGCCGCUACACUGGGCCGGCGUUCAAGCUCGGGGCCGGCGUCGUGGUACAUGAGCUUUACGAGGCUGCUGAGCGCGAAGGCUAUACCGCUGUUGGUGGCGAGUGUCGUACUGUUGGCGUGGCUGGUGGCUAUGCCGUAGGAGGAGGUCACUCUCCUGUGUCGCCUAUUCACGGCCUCGGUUCCGACCAGAUCCUUAGCGUCGACAUCGUCACUCCCGACGGCCGCUUCAUCACUGCGGAUGAGACUCAGAAUAAAGAUCUUUUCUGGGCUCUUCGUGGUGGCGGCCCUGCUACUUGGGGUGUUGUCACUUCGAUGACGGUCAAGGUCCACGAGAAGACAGUCUUUUCCGGCAUGACGUGGGAUACCACCACUCUGGCCAUGAACAUUACGGACGACACCUUCUGGAAGGCCAUCGAAGCCUACUGGCGACGCUACCCUGAGUUCUCCGCUGCCAAGGCCUACGGUUACUGCCGAAUGUCUGGACUCCCCGGAGGUGGCUAUGCCUGGCGAGGCUUGCCAUUCAUGGUCCCAGGAAUGAAGCUCACUGAUUUCAAGAAGCUUGUACAGCCUCUGAUUGACGAGUGGACUGCCCUGGGUGUUGAUCCCCAGCUCAAGUUCUUCGAGCAUGACAGCUUGUACCCGGCUUGGACUAGUCACUUCCCAGUCUCCAGAGUCGGUAGCCCUUAUGCCCGAACUGGAUCGCGCCUCUUGCCUCGAAAGAACUGGGAAGACGAGGAGCUCUUGAACAAGACUAUCCAGACGGUUCGCUCCAUCGUUGAGGAUGGCGCUUUCCUGGUUCACUACAACAUCAAUGCGGAUGAGCCUGACAACACGGCCGCAAGCUCCGUCAACCCGGCCUGGCGUGACGUUAUGAUGUUCAACAUCAUCGGUCUCACCUGGACCGAAGAAACGUCCGAGUCCGACAUUGCUGCCAUUCACAAGAAGCUCACCGGCGAUCUCGUCCAGCGCCUCAAGGACGUCAGCCCCGGCGCCGGCGGCUACCUCAACGAGGGCGACGUCAUGGACCCCGAGUUCGCUCAGUCCUUCUUUGGAUCUAACUACGAGCGUCUGUUGAAGAUUAAGAAACAGGUUGACCCCAAGGAUCUAUUCUGGGCGCCUACUGCUGUGGGUAGCGAGGGCUGGUACAUUACCGGCCAGGAAAGCUAUGUGACGAAGCAGACUGGCCGUCUCUGCCGUAAGAACUAA